GAUAUUACAAGUCAUUUGUUUAAUUAAAACUAUGGGUUAUUAUGUUUAUAUGAGUGUCAAACUAGUGCUUCAAAUAAACUUUAUUAUCAUUUUGUUUCACUUAUAUAAUUGUGAUUCAUUUGGAAGUGGAGAUUAUGACGAGGGGUUCCUCCAUAAUGUCGAACAAACAGAUCAAAAGUUCUCUACUGUCAGUAUUAUUGAUCCGAAGGAACAAAUCAUCGAUGACUUCGGCGUCGAUAAGCCUCGUGUCGACACUGAUCCAGACACUAUCGGUGAGAAAUCAACACUUGAAGAUAAAAAACCAGACAUCACAUCACCUGAAAUCAUAACAAUUAAAGGCGAAAGAGGAGAAAAGGGUGAAAAAGGAGAUACAGGGGAAAGGGGUCAAAAGGGUGAGUGUGUUUAUAGUGAAGACAUGCGAUUAUUUUAUGAGACAUCGACCUCCAGCUCAGUGAUCAACACAUGUCAGUGCAAUAUAAGUGAAAUUAUUUCCAAUCCACAAGUUAGAGGUCAAAAAGGAGAUAUGGGUCCCAUUGGACCUCCUGGACCACCAGGACCUCCAGGAAGAGGUUCAACAUUUGAUCCUGAUAUGUCUUCUCGGUUUUACGGACCCGGAAGUGAUUCGUUUUCUUAUUUAACACGAGUUGGAGAACCUGGUCCUCGAGGUCUUCCCGGACAUAAAGGAGACAAAGGUGAGCCCGGCAUUGGAAUGAGAGGUGAGCAGGGUGAAAGGGGCAAAAAAGGAAAACCAGGAAAACAUGGUCUUUCAGGACAACCGGGGCCUAUGGGUCCUCCCGGAGAGAUUGGAUUUCCCGGUAAACCCGGAUUAAAAGGUGAUCAAGGAGAACAUGGUCAACCUGGACUACCAGGUUUACCAGGACCCCCGGGACCACCCGGACCUCCCGGUGAAUCACCAAUUGAUUGGUAUGAUAACACUAUUAGCAAUACUAGAGCUUACAGAGGAAUCAAAGGUUCUGCACCACUAUCGAGACAUGAAUCACAUGUGCAAACGGUCUAUGUGGAGGGCCCUCCCGGACCUCGCGGUGAAAAGGGUGAAACGGGACAUUCGGCUACUCCAUCAUUGAGUUCAUCGCAACUUGUGGUUCCCGGAGCUGUUUCAUUCAAAGACAUGGAUUCACUAAAGAGGGCUAUAGCUUACCCAUUGGGAACGUUGGCCUUUAUUAGUGAUGAACAGGCUUUACUGAUUCGUAUGAACGGGGGCUGGCAGUAUGUUCAGUUAGGAUCUGUAGUUCAUUCAUCAUCUGAUUUCAAUCAAAUUUCUGUGACAACAACCACAUCUACGACAGCGUCUUCUCUAUUGAACUCACAAAUUGAAACUCUGUCUGAAAACUCAAUGAGACACCACAAUCAUAGAAAGUUACGAAUGGCAUCACUGAAUAUCCCUCUUUCGGGUGAUUUUCAUGGCAUUCGUGGCGCUGACUAUGAGUGCUAUCGUCAGUCAAGAAGAGCUAAUAUGAGGGGAACUUUCAGAGCGUUUGUCGCCUCAAGAGUGCAAAACUUAGAUUCAAUUGUUCGCUAUAAGGACUCAAAGCUUCCUAUUGUUAACAUAAAAGGUGAAAUAUUAUUUCACUCGUGGAAAGAUAUAUUCACGGGUGCCGGUGCUCCCUUUCCAUUUCCUCCAAAAAUUUAUAGUUUUGAUGGAAGAAACGUAUUAACUGACUAUUCCUGGCCACAGAAGCUUGUUUGGCACGGGGCUGACAGGUCAGGGGUUAGAAACAGUGAGGCAUAUUGUGAUGCCUGGAACUCAAACAGUAUGGGCAAAAUGGGACUGGCCAGCUCACUCAUCAGUGGCAAACUACUGGAUCAGGAAAAGUAUUCGUGUAAUAAUGCAUUCAUUGUACUCUGUAUUGAAGCCACCAGUCCUGAGGACAGAAACAAGAGAAGCAUUGAUGACACCAACCGAUCCAAUAUCACACAAAUUGACGAUUGAUUCACUUAAUUUAAUUAUUUUCAUUUUUAAUAAUUAUAA